CUGCUGGAGGGGCGGGGUGAGCGCUCAGGUUUAGUUGCUACCAAGAACCCUGAUUGCUUGGACGGCUCCCUACUGUGCACCCCUUUCUAUAUCAACUGGCAGGGCACCGGCUGAGUCUGAGUCAGACCAAGACUGACCGCACAGGUCCCUUGACACCAUAAUGGCAAACUUCAAGGGCCAUGCCCUCCCAGGGAGUUUCUUCUUGAUCAUUGGGAUUUGGUGGUCAUUGAAAUACUCACUCAGAUACACAAGUCACAAAGGAAAAAGCAGAAAGCUGAACUACUACUACCGAAAGAUUGAGAUCAUCGAUGGAGGGGUCAGAGUCUUCUUUGCUAUAGUUGGGAUCCUUGCAGAGCAGUUUGUUCCAGAUGGACCUCACUUGCACCUGUACAAUGACCACGAUUGGAUAAAACUGAUGAACUGGCAGCACAGCACCAUGUAUCUGUUCUAUGGGCUCUCUGGCCUCAUGGACAUGCUCACUUUUCUCUUCCCUGUUAUCCCUCUGGGGCUGGACCGCCUUCUGUUGUCCUUGGCUGCAGUCACUGAAGGCAUUCUCUUCUAUUAUCAUGUCCAUGGUCGGCCACCAUUGGACCAGCACAUCCACCUUCUCCUGUUAUAUACGGUGGGGGCAGGAGCCAUUUCCAUCUUCAUUGAAGUUUUCAUCAGGGACAAUAUUGUCCUAGAGCUCUUCCGAGCCAGCCUCCUUAUUGCCCACGGCACCUGGUUCUGGCAGAUUGGCUUUGUGCUGUAUCCACCUUCUGGGGGUCCUGUUUGGGACCAAACAUCUCAUGAUAACAUCAUGUUUAUCACCAUGUGUUUCUGCUGGCACUACGUGGCUGCUGUGAUCAUUGUAGCUAUCAACUUCUCUCUGGUUUGUGGUGUAGUAAAUCAGUUGAAGAGACCCAGAGGUGGAGAAAGCAUUGGGAUUCAAAAGCUGACAACAGGUUCCAACACUCAUGAAGCACUUCUGAAUGACACAGAUGAAGACUGAGGAUCAAGCAUUGAGGGGAACCCAUCAUGAGCUCAAGCCACUUGGGCGGAUACUUUCCUUCCCUCCACAUAUCCCCUCCUCCACCAUGCAAUAACUGUGCUGCUCUCAGGAAAUCAACAGCCCUCACAGUGGCCCAUCUUCACUUUUGUACUCUGCAAAGUCGAGGAGUCCAAAAGGAAAAUGCUGGUUCUUGACAGUCGGAGGUUGACAUCAUUCUCGUCUUCUUAAAAUGCACUGACACUUGUUUGUGGUCUGAGACACAGUCCAGAAAUAAUUACCCCCUUCCAUUACAUCUAAUCCCUCUGCCUCACUGAGUCACUGGGAUUGGGACUACUUUGUCUAGUAGAAAAAUAGGAAUUGUAUUCCAACUCAGGGAUAGAAAGUUUGGCUGCCUAAUGUGUAUUCAUAUUCCCAAUGACCCAGGACCAGGUUAGGGGCCUUCUAUAUGUCUCAAUGAGUUAAUUUUUUUUUAAUUACAAACCAAGUCUCUGUUGGUGUGGCAUCAUUUGUAUUCAAAGAUUAAAGAAAUUAUUUCCACAAAGAGCAAACCUA